GGAUGUCAUGUGAGGAGGGGGGUCCUCUUCAACGGUAGCUUGAUGUUAGUGCUGUUCAGGGCUGGACUAGAUGCAAUUUGGUGUGAUUGUUACGGUGGCUCAUUCUCGCGAGGUGAGCCCAACCUUAGCCAUUCCCUUUACUCAUUAUUGAGUGGAAUCUUUUCUUCCGCCAGGGUAUUGCUCAAUGUAGCCUAUGAUUUCUUCAGUCCUGCUCAUCACAAGAGGACCGAAAGUAGAGGGAGAUGCGCCGACCGACAUCUCGAAGGGAACGAAACAUGUAACCAGGCAUUUGGAACGGCACCUGAUAUCAAAGGACCUGAGUGCUUUCCCCAUUUAUGCACUCACUAUUAUUUUUUAUUAGGCUAUAGUUAGUCUUCAUUUGUCUUUGCUUCCUGGAGGCUUUCCGUUUGGAUGUAAUCAUCGACACAAAUCUGCAAUAAUGAGCGAAGAAAUAUCGGAUAUUCCGAAGGAACUGCUUGAGAGCGUGAAAGAUGCCGUGGGUCGGAAGAUCAAACUCUCCGUCAAGAAGAAAGUUAAACUGGAAGUCAAAGGGGACAAGGUGGAAAACAGAGUGCUGGCUCUGGCGUCCCAUCGGGCAUACCUGCUGACAGCACGGAUCCCCAGUAAGGUUGAACAGACCUUCAAUUAUCUGGAAAUCCAAGGAAUCACUUGUAACAAGCCUACUCAGCUGGCGGUGGAGUACGACCGGGGCCUGGUGUCCAUGAAGCUGGCAUCGCCUGAGGAAGUGAAUGAGGUGGUGGCCCACAUAGGGAGCUGUCUGCAGAGGAUAUGUCCCGGUUUAUCCCCCGUGAAGGUUAUGAAGAAGCUGGCGAUGGAGCCCCCGGAGCGGAUUUCCUCCCUACAGACAUUAUGGGAGAACCAGAAUGUAGCAGAACCAGGACCGUGUGGGGGCUUCUCCCAGCUGUACAAGUGCGUGUGCGACUGGAUGGGCCUACAAUAUAGGGAGGAAGUGCAAUGGGACGUGGACACAAUCUAUUUAACACAGGACACACGGGAGUUGAAUCUGCAGGAUUUCAGUCACCUUGAAAACAGGGAUUUGGUUGCCAUCAUAGCUGUCCUGGAGUACAACCAGUGGUUCACCAAGCUCUCUACAAAGGACUACAAAUUGUCUGCAGAUGUCAGUGACCAGAUCCUGCGAGUGGUGUCUCGGUCCAGUCGGCUUGAGGAGCUCGUUCUGGACAAUGCUGGCCUGAAAACUGAUUUUGCACAGAAGUUGGCGAAUGCCCUUGCCCAUAACCCAGCCUCAGGACUACACACCAUAAACCUUUCCAACAACCAGCUUGAAGACAGAGGUAUUGCCUCUCUGAGUGUGCAGUUUGCCAAACUCCGAAUUGGAGUCAAGCAUUUAAACUUUUCAAAAACCUCGUUAUCACCCAAAGGGGUGAAUAGCCUUUGUCAGUCACUGAGUGCCAACCAGUCCAUUGCCAGCACCCUCACACACCUUGACCUCUCAGGGAACGUUCUACGAGGAGAUGACCUCACGAACCUGUACCAUUUCCUGGGCCAGCCAAACAGCCUGACCACUCUGGACCUGUCCAACACUGACUGUUCACUGGACCUGGUGUGUUCUGCACUUCUACGGGGCUCUGUCCUGCACCUGUCAGUUCUAAACAUGUCAAAGAGCAUUUUUGCCCACAGAAAAGGUAAAGAGGUCGCUCCCUCCUUCAAGCAUUUCUUCAGCACCGCUGUAGCUCUGAGCAGCAUCAACGUGUCAGGAACAAAGAUUCCACCGGAGGGCCUAAAGGCAAUGUUACUGGGCCUUGCCAGCAAUCCCAACCUGAAAGAUGUCUCCCUGGACCUAAGCUGUUGUGAGUUGAGGUCAGGCGGCUCUCAGGCCUUAGAGGGGUGCAUUGCGGAGAUUCCCAACGUAUCCAGCCUGGACAUAUCUGACAAUGGUUUGGACUCCGACCUGACAACUUUACUGGUGUGGCUUUCCAAAAAUCGAUCCAUCCGGCAUCUGUCGCUGGGGAAGAACUUCAACAACAUCAAAUCAAAGAACCUAGCUCCCGUCUUGGACAGCCUUGUGCACAUGAUACAGGAUGAGGAAUCGCCACUGACCUCCCUCUCACUGGCGGACUCCAAGCUGAAGAGUGACCUGACCAUUGUCCUGAAUGCCCUGGGCAGCAACACCUCGCUGACCAGAGUGGACAUCAGUGGGAAUGGCAUGGGUGACAUGGGGGCCAAGAUGCUGGCCAAAGCCUUGCAGAUCAACAGCAAGCUCAGAACGGUCAUUUGGGACAAAAACAACAUCAGCCCACAAGGCCUGCAGGAUGUUGCAGCAGCUCUGGAGAAAAAUUUCACGAUCCGCUUCAUGCCGAUCCCCAUUAUCGACGCGUCCCAAGCUCUGAAGGCCAGCCCUGAAAAGACUGAGGAUGCGUUGCUCAAGAUUGAGAAUUACCUGUUUCGGAACCACAAGACCCGUAAAUACCUCCAGGAGCAGGCCUACCGUCUCCAGCAGGGCAUUGUCACGACAACCACACAGCAGAUGAUUGACAGGAUCUGCGUCAAAGUUCAGGACCAUCUCAAUUCGCUGAGAUAUUCAGAGACCGACGCCAUUUUAGAGGACGUGAAAAUGGCUGAAAACUUUGUGAAGGAUGCCAGGAACUCUAAAACGCUCCUGCCCAACCUGUACCACCUGGGGGCGGCCUCCCAGGAGGGGUUGGAUAGCUCAUCCUCUAGCCCCAUCCAGGAGAAGCUGGAGUCCAUGGUUGGAGAGGUGACCAGGGUGAUGGAUGAACAGUUACAGAGUUUGUUGGAGUCCAUGGUGGACACGGCUGAAGGGCUUUGCCCUCACGUGAUGAAGAGGCCCAACCUGCGGCAGGAUCUUAUCAAGGCCAGCACAGGCAAGAUGGUCAUCCCAAGCUCUUUUGUCAAGGAUACACUGUUGCAGCAGUCUGGUAUCGACAUCAUCAACAAGAUCAGUGAGGUAAAGCUCAGCUUGGCGUCCUUCCUCUCAGACCGUGUCGUCGAUGAGAUUUUGGAGGCUCUUUCACGUUCUCAACACACAUUGGCGGAGCACUUGGCCAGGAAGGGGCGCCCCCUCCUCCACCAGGAGUCCGUGGAGGCAGAGGCCCCGGAGGAGAGGACCCCCAAGCGGGCCGCCAUGGAGCUAACGGAACCGGAGCGGCUGGAUGACCUGGAGACGUGCAUGAUGACCCCGAAGUCCAAGAGGAAAAGCAUUCACAGCAGAAUGCUGCGGCCCGUGUCUCGAGCUUUUGAUAUGGAGUUUGACUUGGACAAAGCUCUGGAGGAUGUGCCCGUCCACAUGGACGACCCGGCAGCCGCUCCUCCAAAGCUGGAGAAGAAGACUUCUGGAGGGAUGGGAGAGCUGCCUUCAGAAGAGUGCAAGAAGCUCCAGCACUACACCAAACUGCGGCCCAAAAGGAACAAGAAGAAGCAGUCCAGUAAGGUCCCUCACUUAACCAGCACCACCUCACAGGAGGGUGAACAGAAUGGCAUUAUGGGAAGGGUAGAUGAGGGAGUAGAUGAAUUCUUCACCAAGAAAGUCACAAAACUGGACACCAAACGUCCCUCCCUGAAGAGCUCAGACUCCCAGGACGGAGAGAAGAAGCGUGACUCGCGCAAGGGUGGCUUCCUCAACCUCAUCAAAUCCCGCACCUGCAAGUCCUCCGACAAGAGCCAGGCGGCUUCUCCCCAGCCGACGGCACCCGUAGCAACGGAGGAGCCCUCCUCGCCCAAGGGCCCGGUCAAGGGCAAAGAGGCCAAAGCCCCGCCCACGGACUACAGCAGCAGCUCGGACCGCUCGGAGGACCUGAAGACCCCCGACUCCAUGGACGAGCACUCGGAGGGUGACGGCAAGGGCAGCCCCCAGGGAGGCCGCCGUUACGGUGUCCAGGUCAUGGGCAGCGGCCUGCUGGCAGAGAUGAAGGCUAAGCAGGAGAGGAGGGCAGCUAGUGUCCAUAAGACGCAUGAUUCCUCAUCCAGUCCAGACAGACCAGAUGGGGGUGGGACAGGCAAAGUGCACCCGGCUGCGCCGGAGAGCCGAGGCCCGGGGGCCCCCAAAGCGGAGGGGGUUGCAGGUUCCCCGGAGAAGACCCCGCGCAACGACGGCAAGCCCGAGGCCACGGCCAGGGCCCGCGCCGCUCCUCCCAGCCCCUCCCCCGCCAGCCCCAAACCCCCCCUGCAGGGCGCCAAGCCCCCCCUGGCUGCCCGGCCCGCCAUCCUGCAGAAGCCGCGCACCAGCAGCAGCCGGAGCAUAGAUGAAGACUUGCCGGGUGGGAACAUGUCCCCAAAAGCACCGCUGCCGCCCCACCCACUGAAGAGGGCGUCGUCGGAGAAGGAGAGGGACGUACCUGGCAGCCCGCUGCCCAUGGGCACCGGGAGCAGGGGGCCUGCUCAGGAAGUGGAUCUCAUGGGAGACGGUAGCCCCUUUGACUCCGAUCAGGAGCCUGACAAACCUGCGACUCCCAUGAGACCCAGAGCCACACGGCAGUACUCCACCGGCGCUGCGGAGGAAUUGGGCGAGCAGGAGCACAGGAAGUCCCUCCCCCGACCUGUAAGACCUGCCUCAGCGUCAGAAAAUGCACAGCGCCCCAGCCCUCAACGGCAAAGCUCUGAAGAGAAUUGCUCCAAGGCCAAGGACAAAUCACCCAACAAGGAAAAGAGCCUGAGUAGGAAGUCCACCGACUCUGGAGAAGAAGUGGACAAAGACUUUAUUUUUAUAUGACCAAAAAAAAAACGAAGAAAACUGGCAAACUGGACCUUGCCAAUUUUGGUCUUACUCUGUCUAAAAUCAGGAAUAAUAAAAUCUGCACCUUCCACUUCUGUCUUCUGUAGGUUCUGCUGGACCAAACAGAGCAAAUAACGUAUGUUUGUUUACUAUUAUUUCUUAGAAGGCCAGGUGAAGUAACCGUAUGAUGUGUUAUGCAUUGAGAACACUGUGCUACACCCCAUUACCCCUGUAACUUAAAAGCAAAAAAAAAGGCUAGAGUACUGUUAUAAUUUAUUUAUAAUUGGUCAAUACAUCAACUCUUCUAAACGAGCCCUUCCUAUUUAUUCAGAAUUUAAAUGGGUUCUAUUCUAUGGCUUAUUCUAUGAAUUAACUAAAUUCAUAUACUGUAAUAAAUAAAUGCAUAACAUUGAUGGUUCUAGUCCAGUUGGUCACUGUGGCGGGUUGCUACUGUAUGAACCAGACAUAAGUAUUGUUCACAUUUCACCAUUUUGGGUUAUUAAAAACCAUAAUUUAAGAUUUCUGUUUAUUUUUCUCUGUACUGACUAUGAAACUCGUUAUUGUGAUGUGGAGGGAAUGCCAGGGCAUCCAAGACACUGUAAUUGUAGUUGGUAUCAUCUCCGAGUGUCUGAUAUCCGCUAAAAUAAGAACUCCUGUCUAAAAUGGUCUUUUACAGGCACAGUUUUACACAUGUACCUGUUGUCUUAAUUCUUUUCUAGAGUCCGUUUAAUAAAACGUUUUCGGCGUUUUAAAUCAUACAUCUUGCCAUCUCUUAAUGUGGGGAGGGGUGGCUAAACAAGAAGGAAUUUGGCUGUCAAAUUAGGCUUCUGGCUUGUUUGUGUGCAUGUGUAUGUGCGUCACACACGGAUAUGUGCAAGUGUGUAUAAUUGCGUCGUACACAAAAAAAAAACGACGCACACGUGUGUACGCCUAUGUGCUCGUGUCUGUGCGCACACAUACAUUUUUAUAUGUGAACACGUGAAAUACACGAAUAAUAUUGCAAUGGUACUAAGCACACUAAUUACAAGGGUCUUUUAUAUGUAAUUUAUUAAAAUAGAGAAGCUGGUGCUUGGACGUCAUCAUUCCUGCUGAUGUAUAUUGUGUUGUUAACACGCAAGAAAUUGAGAAUUACGUUUCUUGUUGCGCACUAAGCACAAUAAAAAUGUGUUAUUUUGAAUACCGACAAAGGGAACUGCAAUAUUAAAUUAAACGUGGGUGUAUCAUGUCUGA